CAACUCUUAUCUUUGAAGGGGUAUGAAAUAUUUUGAGGAUUUAUUCAAUGUUGUCUUAUUACUUCAAUGUGGAUUAACUGCUUGUAUGAUGUGCGUUAACUUAUAUGCAUUUCAACUGUUAUCAUCGAUUCAAGAAUUUGGUUAUAUCGGCACCCUAGGCGUUCUAGUUAUUCUAGAACCUAUGUUGUUGUGUUGGACUUGUCACACUUUAACAGUUGAGCUAACAAGCUUAUUAAUAACAUUGUAUGAUUUGGAUUGGUUGAAUUAUCCCCCAUCUUUAAGAAGAAAAAUAACUUUCAUGAUGAUGGUGUUCACUAAACCUAAAACUUUAACAUUAGGAGGCUGGACCCAAAUAAACAUGGCUUUUUGUCUGGCAUGGAUAAAGAAUUCAUACUCUGCUUAUACAUUAAUUUCUGAAACACAGAAUAAGUAAACUGGUGAAAAUAUGUUAGUUUAAUGCCCUGUAAAAAUUCGUAGUCAAUUUAAAUAAAAC